AUGUCGAGAGCAGGGAGCAAGCGGGACAAGUUCGCCGAACUGCGCGCCCUUCGAGAGUCCGGCAAAAAGAAGUUCGACACAUACGAGGUCGAAGAGGUGGAAGAUCUGUACGAGGAGGUCGACGAGAACCAAUACAAGAAGAUUGUGCGCCAACGUCUUAACGAGGACGAUUUCGUUGUUGACGACAACGGGGAGGGCUAUGCGGAUGAUGGCCGAGAGGAGUGGGAUCGCAUACCAGCUGCCUAUGACUCGGAAAGCGAGGAUGGAGUUGAAGAACGAAAGGAGCGUAAAUCCAAGAAACAGCGAGACGAGGAAAAGGCGAAACGGGACGCCAAUGAUCGAAAUAUUACCGAAUACUUCACCAAAGGCGCCACCAAGACACAGCCCAAACCCAAGGUCGUUAAGACAGAAGAUGACGACAAAUUUCUUGCCGACCUCCUCGGAGAGGUUGACGCCAAUGUUCCCGCCCCCGUCGUGAGAUCAUCCAAGAAGAGAGACCGCUCAGCCGAAAGGAGAACGACCCGCGCCCUUUCUCCAGCACGAGAAGCCCGUCAACCGGCCCCCAAGAAGAAGAAGGUGAUCGAUGACAGGCUUUCUUCACCAUCCCCCGACUAUGAUAUGAGUGAGGACAACUUCUUGCCUCCUGCCGAGGACGAGCCAGUAGCAGCUCCGGAUGUCAUGAUGAGCGAUCCUCCGUUGCCAUCUUCCCCUGCUGCAAAGGUUGCGCAACGGAGAGUGCAACCAAAGGCUGUCAUAGAAGAGGAGGAAGAGGACGAAGAUAUGAUGGAGGUUGCUCAUACUGGCGCGGUAACUGCUGCUAGCGUCAACAUCUCUGCUUCUCGUCCGGUCAAAAAGAUUAUCAAGGCGGAGCCUCUGCCCAGCGCCGCUAUUACAUCGUCCCCUAUGAAGGCUGCCGAGCCUGCCAUUGACGCCUCCUCUUGGAACGGCCUAAACCAAAAAUUAAACGUCGUUGGAAACUCGCAGGCCGAGGCCAGAGGGAUAGGCAAGAUCGACUACAAGGAUGCUAUCGAGGAAGAUGGCAGUCUCAACCUUUUCUGGACCGACUACACAGAAGUCAACGGGAGUCUCUGUCUUUUUGGAAAGGUACUCAACAAGAAGACCAAUCACCAUGUCAGUUGCUUUGUCAAGAUUGACAACAUCUUGCGCAAGCUGUAUUUCUUGCCCCGCAAGACCCGUGUUCAGGGUAAGGUCGAUACUGGAGAAGAGGUUGAAAUGAUGGAUGUCUACAACGAGGUCGACGCCAUCAUGACCAAGAAGAAUGUUGGCAUGUACAAGAUCAAGGCUUGCACUCGAAAGUACGCCUUUGAACUUCCCGACGUCCCGAAAGAGGGUCAGUACCUCAAGCUUCUCUACCCCUACACCAAGGCCCCCAUCGACAUGAACACUACCGGAGAGACCUUUUCACAUGUUUUUGGCACCAACACAGCUCUGUUUGAGCAAUUUGUCCUGUGGAAGAACAUCAAGGGCCCUUGCUGGUUGAAGAUUGAAGAUGCCGAUUUCGGCGCGUUGAAGAACUCGUCUCACUGCCGUUUGGAAGUCUUGGUGGAUCAUCCCAACAUGGUCGCGCCCUUCAAGGACAGCGAGAAUGUGGAAGCGCCUCCGUUGACUCUCAUGAGCAUUGCCCUGCGCACCAUCUUCAACGCCAAGGCCAACAAGCAAGAGAUUCUUGCCAUUAGCGCGAGAAUCUACGAGGAUGUCUCUCUUAGUGACACCACACCUGCCGACAAGCUGCCAUGUCGAACAUUUACUGUUGUUCGGCCCCAGGGUACUGCUUUCCCCUUGGGCUUUGAAACGAUGGCCAAGGAGCGCAAGAGAGGGCUCAUCAAGCUCGUGAAGGAGGAGUCAGCCAUGUUGUCUUUCUUCCUAGCGCAGGUGGAUGUGGUGGAUCCAGAUGUCAUCAUGGGUCAUCAACUAGAGGGCGUGGACUACAGCAUUCUACUUAACCGCCUUCACGAGAAGAAGACUCACCAGUGGUCUCGUCUGGGAAGGCUGAGAAGAAGCCAAUGGCCGGCAUCGAUGGGCAAGGUUGGCGGCAACGUAUUCGCCGAGCGCCAGAUCAUGUCUGGACGACUGCUCUGCGAUCUUGCCAACGACGCCGGCAAAUCAGUCAUGAUGAAGUGUCAGUCCUGGAGCUUGACGGAAAUGUGCAAUCUGUACCUGCCUACCGACGUUCCUCGCAGGGAUCUCGACAAUGAAGCAGCGCUCAAGAGCUUGGCUGUGACGAAAGACGGCCUUAUGGACUACAUCUCGCAUGCUGAGAUUGAUACGUACUACGUUGCUGCUUUGGCUCUCCGAACUCAGAUUUUGCCGUUGACCAAGGUUCUUACCAACCUUGCUGGUAAUUCUUGGGCCAGGACGCUGACGGGUACCCGUGCUGAGCGCAACGAGUACAUUCUGCUGCAUGAGUUCCAUCGGAACAAGUAUAUCUGCCCAGACAAGGAGCCUUUCAAGGGUCGUGCUCGGCCUGAGGAUGAGGAAGACGGUGGCGAGGCUGGUAAGAAGAAGGAUAAGUACAAGGGUGGUCUCGUUUUCGAGCCCGAGAAGGGUCUGUAUGACAAGUUUGUUCUUGUCAUGGACUUCAACUCGCUGUAUCCCUCCAUUAUUCAGGAGUACAACAUCUGCUUCACUACUGUUGAUCGAACGUUUUUGGAAGAUGGCGUGCCACAGGUCCCUGAGAAACAGGACCUCGGUGUUCUCCCCAGACUCAUCGCCACCCUCGUCGAUCGCCGUAGGCAAGUCAAGAGCCUAAUGAAGGACAAGACCGCCACCCCCGAACAGCUUGCAACAUGGGACAUCAAGCAGCUCGCCCUGAAGCUAACAGCCAACUCCAUGUACGGCUGUCUGGGAUACACCAAAUCCCGCUUCUACGCCCGACCCCUCGCCGUCCUCACCACCUUCAAGGGCCGCGAGGUUCUCCGCAGCACCAAGGACCUCGCCGAGAGCAUGCAGCUCCAAGUCAUCUACGGCGACACCGACUCGGUCAUGAUCAACGCCAACGUCGACAACGUCGCCGACGCCCUCCGCGUCGGCCGCGAGUUCAAAGCGGCCGUCAACGGCAGCUACAAGAAGCUCGAAAUCGACAUUGACAACAUCUUCCGGCGCAUCCUCCUCCAAGCCAAGAAAAAGUACGCCGCUGUCAACCUGGUGGAGACGGACGGGAAGUAUGUCGAGAAGAUGGAGAUCAAGGGUCUGGACAUGAAGCGCCGCGAGUACUGUCCUCUGUCGAGGGAGAUCUCGAAGAAACUUCUGGAUGAGAUCUUGUCAGGCAAUGACAUUGAGGACUCGGUGCAGAAAAUCCAUGAUUACCUCCGCGAAAUCUCGUCCAAGAUGCGCGAGGGGAAGGUUCAGAUCCCAAAGUACAUCAUCCUCACCCAGCUGGGCAAGUCGCCUACCGAGUACGGCCAGAACGGGGAUACGAUGCCCCAGAUCCAGGUCGCGCUGCGGGAGAUGGCGAGGGGGAAGACAAUGCGGAAGGGGGAUGUGGUGUCGUACAUCAUUACCGGCGACGCGAAGCAAUCCUCGGAGCACUUUGCCAAGCGGGCGUACACACCCCAGGACGUGCUAAAGGCUGGGUCGGAGCUGAGCCCGGAUGUGGAGUGGUAUAUUGGGAAGCAGAUCUUUCCUCCGGUUGAGCGUCUUUGCGCGAAUAUCACCGGGACUUCUACAAGUCAGUUGGCGGAGAAUCUUGGGUUGGACCCGCGGAGGUUUGCGAACAACAACUCCAACUCUGGGAGUGGUUCUGCGGGGGGACAGGAUCUGGAGAUUCACCCGCUGGAGUCGCAGAUUCCGGAUCAGGUUCGGUUUGCGGAUUGUAAACGGCUUUUGUUGAGGUGUAGGGCGUGUAAGGGGACGUCUGCGUUUGAGGGGUUGUUGGGGUCGGUGGAGAUGGUUACGCCGAAGGGGCUUGCCUGCCCUUCUUGUUCGGCUACGCUGUCUACACUCUCUAUUGUUGCGCAGGUGGAGGCGCAGGUGAGGGAGCAGACGUCGCGGUAUUAUGAGGGGUGGCUUGUCUGCGGGGAUGCGGAUUGUGGCAACCGAACUAGACAGAUGUCUGUCUAUGGGGACCGGUGUCUUGGGCCGAAGGGGCUGGGGAGGGACUGCAUGGGGAGGAUGAGGUGGGAGUUUGGGGAGAGGGAUAUGUAUAACCAGCUCGUGUACUUUGCUUCGUUGUUUGAUGUUGACAAGGCCAAGGAGAAGGCUACGAGCAGGGCGACGGGGGGUGAGACGGGGGAGGUGGUGACUGGGGAGACGAGGGAGAGGGUGAUGGUUAUGGCGGAGCAUAAUAGGGUUCGGUUUGGGACUGUGAAGGGGGUGGUGGAUAGGUAUCUGGAUAAGUGUGGGAGGCAGUGGGUGGCGAUGGAUACUUUGUUUGGGAAGUUGGGGUUUGUGGCCAACUGA